AUGCUCACCACAGACGGGAGAGGAAGCCGCCACGCGCUGCCUCAUACUCACACACAGACUACACAGGACGCGGACACGGAGACGGACACACACACCCAGCAGCCGAAAUCUCCGGGACAAAAGGACUCCCCACUGAAGACCUCCACAGUGACCACCACCACGUCCCCUUCCUCACCCCUACCCUCCCCUCCACCCCUGCCCUUCCGGUCCUGUCCAACCCCAUCCUGCACCCCCGCUGGCAGUAGAGGAGGAGAAGGAGCAGGAGGAGGAGGAGGAGGUGCCAUGGCCAGCAGCAGUGUGAGGGAACAGGGGAGGCUGCUCUUCCAGAAGUUCUGGGAAGGGACCUUCAGGGCCGUCGCCAUGCCCAGACCCGAGAGCAUCAUCAUGGCCAGCAUCACCGCCGGGAGGAGUCCAAAAAAAUCUGAUGCUUCCAUCUCACUACCUUCAAAAUUCACAGAGAAGGAUGCGGAGUCCAAGGAGAGCGAAGUGGUGGCCAGACAUCACAGUGGGCGCGCUAAGAAGAGGGGGCGGAAGCACCGCAGCCAUCACCGAGCUCGGAGGACUCCAUCAUACAGCCCCUCCCCCGUGAGGAGGAAGAAGAAGAAGAAGAAGAGCUCCAAGAAGCAUAAGCAGCACAGGCAACAUCUCCAAGACGUAUCAGACCCGCUCCAGCCGACGUAUUUGGAAAGCCAAGGGGACAGUCGCCGCCGUCUGGACUCCGACCAAAGAGCUUUAGACUGGAGGACGGCAACUGUCAAGUUAGCCAGUAAAACCUCCCCACAUUUCGACUGCACUGCCUCGGACAGCACAACUAGACCACAACAAGACUAUGACUCGGGCAAUGACACCUCGUCGCCACCCUCGUCCAAAACGGGCAUCUCCAGGUCCAACGUCAGCAGGCUCAAGUCUGCUCUGGGCCGCGUGGAAGGGGACAGCGCGUCCGACUCGGGAAACUCGGUCACCAGCUACGUCUCGCUGUGCAAGCCAGCCGAGGGCACACCUUCCUCCUCCAUUGUCAUCGCCUGCAGACAGGGAGGCUCUGGCGUGUGCAAGUCCUAUGUGCGGGCGUUCAGCAGCAGCUUGACCCCACUGAGGGAGAGGCAACGGGGGCGUUCCUCCAGCAGGCACAGCAGCAGGUCUCCCUCUACAGCCAGCUCCAGAUACUCAGCCUCCUGCUCCAGAAGCCCUUCCAGAUCCACUGGCAGGAGGUCCUACUCCCGGUCGUCGUGUUACUCUGCAGACUCCAGGAAGGACAGUGUGUGCAGCGCUCGGCUGUCCAAAUACUCCCCCAGCAGGGAUGACGAGAGGAGAACCAAGGACAGAAGCUCCGGCGACAAACGGUCUAAACAUGGCAGGAAAAGACACAGGAGAAAAUCCUCCUACUCCCCCAUGCGGAAGAGGAGGAGGGACUCACCCAGUCACCUUGAAGCUCGGAGAAUCACCAGUGCCAGGAAGAGGCCCGUGCCCUACUUCAGGCCCAGCCCGUCCUCGUGCAGCACAGCCAGCAGUGUCAUCUCCCUCACCAGCCUCUUCGGCAUCGUCCGCAGCCACAGCCAGAGUCGCAGCCGCAGCCGCAGUCGCAGUUGGAACUUUGUUGUGUUUUGUGUCAGCAAGACACAAUGA